AGGCAGCAGGCUGUGCUGCUGCAGCAGGGCCGCGGCGGGGCAGCUCCAGGUGAGAUCGCGGCCGGUGGCGACGCCCUGGGGGCACCCCUCGACUCUGGGCGCUCCCUGCUGACAGCCUCCCCGGGAAGCAGGGCUGCCGUCCCGCCACGGCCGCCCCUUCCGCGGGCAAGGGAUGUGUGCCCGUGUGCGUGGUCUGCGCGCCGCCCCGGUCGUCCCUGUGCGGAUCCCGCUACCGCCUCCCUCUCCAGGGGUGGUCAGGGUCUGAGGGGCAUCCCGCCCGGUGGGAUCCUGCCUGGCUAGCUGGGGCCGGUGAGUCUGGACCAGCAGGAUUCCGGUUCGCCCACGCCCAGGCAAGAGGAGGGGGAGCUCAAUUCAGCUCAAAGACGGGUGAAAAUGAGUUCUUCAGUAAGAAGAAAAGGCAAGCCAGGCAAAGGAGGUGGAAAAGGGUCUUCCAGAGGAGGAAGAGGAGGCAGGAGUCACACUAGUAAAUCUCACGGCGGUGGCAGCAGUGGUGGCGGCAGUGCUGGCAAUAGAAAGGCCUCGAGUAGAAUUUGGGAUGACGGCGAUGACUUUUGUAUCUUCAGUGAAUCGAGGCGCAUGUCCAGACCCAGCAACGGCGGCACAAGAAAAGGAGAGGCGCGCCCCAAAUGGAAGCCCGAAGCCAAAGUGCCCCUCCAGACUCUGCAUAUGACUUCCGAGAAUCAAGAGAAAGUGAAAGCUCUUCUCCGAGACCUGCAGGAACAAGAUGCCGAUGCUGGAUCCGAAAGAGGCAUUUCUGGGGAAGAGGAAGAUGGCGAGCCUGAUUGUGAUGAUGAACAGUACUGGUCUCCUGGUCGGGAAGCCUCCUUUGUUCCCGACGCUGACCCUUUGGAAUGUGCUGGCUCAGGCCCAGCGGAGCCGCAUGAUCCAGAAUUCACAGUCUCAACAUUUGCAGUGCAGAAACUUGCCAGGUAUGGUUUCAACACCGAGCGCUGUCAGGCAGCCCUGCGGAUCUGUGAUGGCGACGUGGGGGCCUCCCUCGAACAUCUGCUCACACAGUGUUUUUCAGAGACGUUUGGGGAGAGGAUGAAGGUCUCCGAGGCGGCUGCCCACGUGAGCGUGGAUGAGUGUGUGGAACAGCGGCAGGAAGAGGCCUUUGCUCUCAAGUCAAUCUGUGGAGAAAAAUUCAUAGAAAGAAUUCAGAACCGAGUCUGGACCAUUGGAUUAGAAUUGGAAUAUUUGACGAGUAAAUUCUGCAAAUUGAAGCAAAAGGAAAGUGCCAAAAGCACACAGGAGACUUCGCUUGAAAUCUGUAAAUUUUACCUCAAAGGAAAUUGUAAAUUUGGAUCGAGAUGCAAAUUCAAACACGAAGUGCCCCCAAAUCAAAUUGUCGGAAGAGCAGAAAGAAUUGUAGAUGAUUCUCAUCUUAACGCUCCUGAGGAUGCCUCUUUUUUAUAUGAACUUGAAAUUCGAUUUCCUAAAGACCACAAAUACCCCUACGAAGCUCCCCUCGUGGCAUUUUAUUCCACCAACGAGCAUCUACCUCUGGCUUGUCGUUUACAUAUUGCUGAGUUCCUUUACGGAAAGGCCUUGACAUUUGCAGAAACUUCCGAACCUGUUGUAUAUUCUUUGAUAACCCUUUUAGAGGAAGAAUCAGAAAUAGUCCACUUACUAACAAAUACCCAUCACAAGUACAGUGUCCCUCCUGUGAACUUCCUGCCAGUAUCUUCUGGGACCAGAGUCAAUAAUCCUGUCUGUCGUAAAGCAGUGAUUCCAAAUCAUUCUUUCGCUCCAAACCAGACUCCUGAAGUUGAAAAAGAAUCAGAACCCGAGGAGGAUUCAGAUGAGGAUGAAGGUCCUGCACCAGUUAUAGUGGAGAAUGAGAGCUAUGUGAACCUUAAGAAAAAGAUUUCCAAAAGAUAUGACUGGCAGGCAAAAUCAGUACAUGCUGAAAAUGCUAAACUCUGCAAGCAGUUCCGAAUUAAACAGGCUUCCAGACAGUUCCAGUCAAUUCUGCAAGAAAGACAAUCACUCCCUGCUUGGGAAGAAAGAGAAACCAUUCUUAAAUUGUUGAGCGAGCACCAAGUGCUUGUUAUAAGUGGUAUGACUGGAUGUGGGAAAACCACACAGAUUCCUCAGUUUAUCCUGGAUGAUUCUCUGAAUGGACCGCCUGAGAAGGUGGCCAACAUCAUCUGUACCCAACCCCGACGGAUCUCAGCAAUCUCUGUUGCUGAACGUGUUGCUAAAGAAAGGACGGAAAGAGUGGGUCUGACGGUGGGGUACCAAAUCCGGCUGGAAAGUGUCAAGUCCUCAGCCACCAGACUGCUGUACUGCACCACAGGCGUGCUGCUCCGAAGGCUGGAAGGAGACAUGGCCCUGCAAGGAGUCACGCACAUCAUUGUCGACGAGGUCCACGAGCGGACAGAAGAGAGUGACUUCUUGCUGCUGGUCUUGAAGGACAUUUUGUUGCAGAGACCAACUCUUCAAGUAAUUCUAAUGAGUGCAACUUUAAAUGCUGAUCUCUUUUCAGAAUAUUUCAAUUCCUGCCCAAUUAUUACCAUACCAGGUCGAACGUUUCCUGUUGAUCAGUUUUUUCUGGAAGAUGCAAUUGCUGUGACAAGGUACGUGCUCCAGGACGGGAGCCCUUACGUGCGCUCCGUGAAACAGAUGUCCAAGGAGAAGCUGAAAGCGCGGCGCAGCAGGACUGCGUUCGAGGAAGUGGAGGAAGACCUGCGGCUGUCCCUUCACCUGCAGCAGGAGUCGGUCCGGGACGCCGUGCCGGACCAACAGCUAGACUUUAAGCAGCUCCUGGCCCGUUAUAAAGGCGUUAGCAAAUCAGUCAUCAAAACCAUGUCCAUCAUGGAUUUCGAAAAGGUUAACCUGGAAUUAAUAGAGGCCUUGUUAGAGUGGAUUGUGGAUGGGAAGCACUCCUACCCUCCAGGUGCUAUACUUGUAUUUUUACCCGGACUAGCAGAAAUCAAAAUGCUAUAUGAACAGCUACAGUCCAAUUCUCUUUUCAACAAUAGACGCAGUAAUCGAUGCGUGGUUCACCCACUUCAUUCAUCUUUAUCCAGUGAAGAGCAGCAGGCUGUGUUUGUAAAACCCCCUGUCGGCGUAACUAAGAUUAUCAUUUCUACCAACAUUGCUGAGACAUCCAUAACCAUCGAUGAUGUGGUCUAUGUCAUCGAUUCUGGGAAAAUGAAAGAAAAGAGAUAUGAUGCCAGCAAAGGGAUGGAAAGUCUAGAGGAUACUUUUGUGUCUCAAGCCAACGCUCUGCAAAGAAAAGGUCGAGCGGGCCGUGUUGCCUCUGGGGUCUGCUUCCAUUUAUUUACCAGCCACCACUUCAGUCACCAGCUUCUAAAGCAGCAGCUGCCAGAAAUACAGAGAGUGCCGUUGGAGCAGCUGUGUCUGAGGAUUAAAAUUUUAGAGAUGUUUAGCACUCACAGUCUCCAGUCCGUUUUCUCUCGGCUCAUUGAGCCGCCGCACGCAGACUCUCUCCGUGCCUCGAAAAUACGAUUACGAGACUUAGGGGCAUUAACUCCCGAUGAAAAGCUGACCCCCCUAGGGUAUCACCUGGCCUCUCUGCCGGUGGACGUGCGGAUCGGUAAACUGAUGCUGUUUGGGUCCAUCUUCCGCUGCUUGGAUCCUGCCCUCACCAUUGCCGCCAGCUUGGCUUUUAAGUCUCCUUUUGUGUCUCCCUGGGAUAAAAAAGAGGAAGCUAACCAGAAAAAGCUAGAAUUCGCUUUUGCAAACAGCGAUUAUCUGGCCCUUCUGCGAGCAUAUAAGGGAUGGCAGCUAAGUAUGACAGAAGGUAUGCGUGCAAGUUACAGUUACUGCAGACAGAACUUCUUGUCGGGAAGAGUUCUUCAGGAAAUGGCCAGCCUCAAACGGCAGUUCACGGAACUGUUAUCAGACAUCGGCUUUGUGAAGGAGGGACUCAGAGCAAGGGAAAUUGAGAAAAGGGCUCUAGCAGGAGAUGGGAUCUUGGACGCCACAGGAGAAGAGGCAAACUCAAAUGCUGAGAACCCCAAGCUGAUAUCAGCAAUGCUGUGUGCCGCCCUUUAUCCAAAUGUAGUGCAGGUGAAAAGCCCAGAAGGGAAAUUUCACAAGACCAGUACCGGAGCUGUCAGAAUGCAACCGAAAUCAGAGGAGCUGAAGUUUGUCACCAAGAACGACGGCUAUGUGCACAUUCACCCUUCCUCGGUGAACUAUCAGGUCAGGCACUUUGACAGCCCCUACCUGGUGUACCACGAAAAGAUCAAAACCAGCCGGGUCUUCAUCCGGGACUGCAGCAUGGUGUCCGUGUACCCCCUUGUGCUGUUCGGGGGCGGCCAAGUGAGCGUGCAGCUUCAGAGAGGGGAGUUCAUCGUGUCCCUGGAUGACGGCUGGAUCCGGUUCGCAGCUGCCUCCCAUCAAGUGGCCGAAUUAGUGAAGGAACUUCGUUGUGAACUUGACCAGCUCCUCCAGGAUAAGAUAAAAAACCCGAGCAUAGAUCUGUGUACGUGUCCUCGAGGAUCGCGGAUCAUCAGCACGAUUGUGAAACUCGUCACCACACAGUAAAGACUGGUCUUAGGAGAGUGCUUGCUCCGCCCCUUCCUCUCGCCACCUGGGAAGUACCAGCAGCACCUCUACCUCCAGCCAGGCCCUGAACCGGGACCCUCGGCCAAGGUGAAGGUGAAGGAGUCCUGGGCUGGCGCUGCCCAGGUCAAGCCGAGGUGCCACGCACCCCGGGGGGCCUUCCAGACCGAGCAGGGGCGCUCCCAGCACAAUUUGGAGUGUGGGUGUGAGGUGGUGGAAAAACCAGUUUGCCUAUCUUUUUCUCUGGGACUGCCCUGAAAUGAAUGAAAUUCACCCAAUAAUACACAAGUGAAUGUUUAAUACAAGUUGUUUUAGUCUAUGUAUUUUUUUUCUCCUGCUUUUUACUGGGGUGAGGGAGGGGCAUGAGAAAUACCGAACAUAUUUUCUAUCAUAAUGGCUCAUCUAAAAGAGGCUAGAACAGAACAACAACAACAACAAAAAAUCAUGUGAGCAAGAAAAAUUAAAAUUUCAUUUUAGGCUAUUGACUACAAAGCAAACUUGACUUGUGAGGGAUUUUUAUUUUUACUCAUUAAAGGUCAGCCUAAAAAACCAA